AUCACUCCUUUCCACCACCUCUUACACUCUCCCAAUGGCUCCAGCCGCCCUCGUAGAUCAACCGACCGAGCUGCCACGCUUCCGCUACGACAAUCCCUCCAAAGCCGUCUUUCCGGACGGCAUCAAGACUUCGGGUCAGCUGGUCCCCCAAUAUGACCAGCUCAAGCCGUACCAUGAUUUCCCCCAGGAGAUUGUAGGUGAGACGGUAUGGAAGCCGGAAGACUACCAGAACCAUCCCGAGAGAUGGGUGCAUCGCUUCAGUGACGACGAAAUUGUCGAGAUUAGCAAAGCAGCGGAUGAUUUCAUCUCGUCUGGCACGCCCAUGACAGGCAUUACCAAGGCCAAGUUCCCCCUCCCAAACAUGGCAAACUUCCUCGAGCCCAUGCGCAAGGAGAUCCUCAACGGCAAAGGCUUCAUUCUCUUCAAAGGCUUCCCUGUGCAGGAAUGGGGAAACCACAAGAGUGCAGUGGCGUAUAUGGGCCUCGGUACCUACCUGGGCUAUUUCGUCUCCCAGAAUGGUCUCGGUCACGUACUGGGACACGUCAAGGACACCGGUGCCGACCCCACCCAGAUCGACAAAGUUCGCAUUUACCGCACGACCGCUCGACAGUUCUUCCACAGCGACGACUGCGACAUUGUGGGACUGCUCUGCAUCGCCAAGUCCCUCGAAGGUGGCGAGUCCGACAUUGCAUCCGUCCAUCACGUCUACAACAUCCUCCAAAAAGAACGUCCUGACGUGAUCAAAACUCUCACUACCCCCAAUUGGUACUUUGAUCGGAAAGGCGAAGUCUCCGCCGGCCAGGAACCCUACACCAAGCAACCCGUCCUCUACCGAGAGUCCGGCCCCAACGGCCGCGUCUACUGUAAAUGGGACCCCUACUACGUCAAAUCCCUCUCUCGUUUCUCGGACCCAGGCCUCAUACCCGCUCUAUCCCCCGAACAAGUCGAAGCGGCGCAAGUCCUCGAGGAUACGUGCAUGAGACAUGCGUUGCACAUGAUUCUCGACAUUGGAGAUAUUCAAUUCUUGAGUAAUGCCCAUGUCCUGCACUCGCGGACAGCGUACAAGGACUUUCCCGCCCCGCACCCUCGGAGACAUUUGAUGCGAUUGUGGCUUGCGACGCCCGAAGGUGAGGGCGGUUGGCAGUUGCCCUUUGAGGAUUCGAAGCAUCAGAAGAGAGGCGGUGUGCAGGUGGACGAUACCCCGCCGAGGGCGCCGAUUGAUGCUGAGUAGAGGACAUGGUGAGGGACUGGUAUUACAUUCUGUACUCGUACAUACCACACCGAGGAAACUUGAAGCUGGCUUCCCUGAGAAGCACUGAAGCAGCACUAGCACUUCAUAUUCACCCCUCUCCUCUUUUCCGCCUCUCGUAUUUCAAACAUGACCUGAGCGCCCACAAACAGUGUAGCCAUGGCGCCAAUCAAAAAGACUCUCCCACCCCAGCUACCUAUAAUCCCAUCAACGAGCCCUUUCAACCCAUCCAGUCCCACUGCAAACCCAACCAGAUUUGCCGCCAUCAUCAUCAAGAUGUUCCCCACCGCGCCCACUCCACAGAGCCAACGGUACGUAUUGGGCCGAUCCUUGAAUUUCCGAGCUGGGAAAGCAAGAGUCGCCAAGACCUCUGGCAGAACGAACAAUGUAAUUAACCAACCCCACAUGAGAAGGCGCAAAUUAAUAUCGUGCCAUAGAGCGACGAAAGUGAACACGGCGAGAAAGUUCGCGAUGCCCCGAACUUUUCCCUUUCCGGAUCCUCCGAGAGGUAUGUAGAUGUAUCGCACGACGAAGCGAUUAAAACUGCGAUGCCAACCUCUCCAGAAUGCUAGUGCAGAAUAGUUGUCGGACAUGCAACGCACCAUGUUUUCUGGAGGAUCGAUUCCGUCGAUGAGAGACCACAGCCGGAAGAAUCUCCAAGGUAGGAGCAGUUUGAGCCAGAUCACGUGGAGGUUGAAGUAGCCUAACAUGCUGAGCUGGAACGGAGAGUAUAUAUUCCAAUCGGGAUCGCUCUUGGAUAUGGCGACUGCGUAGAGGUAGUGAAGAACGAGUUCCAUGCAUAAUAAGCAGAGCAUGAAACGGAUCGCAUAGGGGAUGAUUCGCGAUCGAGAGGUUGUAGCCAUGGGGUAGCGUGAUUGGGAAAUGUAGUCGUUGAAGUUGAUGAUUGGGCCGGCGAGGUAGAGAGGUGAGUAGAGGAUGUAGGCCAGAUAGUUGCGGAAUGUGAAGUCAGAAGGCUUGGCCCCCAAGGAUGUGCGAUCUCGUUCGGACAGAUUGGCGGGAUCGAGGCCCUUCUUCUCAACAGGACUGCUUGCUCUUCGAUCUAGCAUCCAUAGGUGGUCGAAGUUGAACGCGAUCAGUCGAAGGACGGUAAUGUUAAAGAGGAUCUCCCAGCGUGGGAUCAACCCUCCAUAGCUGUCGAGUUGCGUUCCCCAGGUUUCCUUGGACGAUUGGUCCGCACCUGUAAUGGUUGGAGGCAGCGUCACAGCGGCGAUGUCGGCAAACUUGUAGCCUUGGCAGAGCUCGUUGGCGAACAGUAUGCCGACAUUGAAGACCCAUGUUGUUGCAGCCACAUACUGUCUCGGCAGCGCAGUGGCGAUCUGGUAAUUAAGAGAGAGAAUGGUAAAGACCUUGAUCGCCGACACGCCAUGUAAUGCGAUGAUGAAGAUGGCAGCAAAGAAGAAGUCAAAGGUGACACGAUGGUGCAAGUGUAGGUCAGCUUUGAUCGCAGCAUUCCCAGCAUUAGCGACGGCUCUCCCACUCGCUCUGAGAGCCUCAUAAGCUCUUCUCAGCAGCGGAUGGAGGAUCAAAACGAGGGCCAUAUAUGGAAUGUUCUCGCGGAAGCCAGCAUACUGGGCAUCGGAAUUGUCCACUUUCCGUCCGGGAAUCCAGCCUGGCUCGAGGAGUGGUUCCAGUUUCGCGUAGCCCGGAUGACUUGGUUGUGAUACAUCAUAUACGCUCUUGAACAUCCACACGGGAAUGGUCAGAAAGGCGACAUAGUAGAUGUAGUACUCGGCCGUGUUCCUGGCGAUUUAGAGGCCUGUGCAGUGGGCAGUGCUUGGCCAGAGCCCGCAAAGCGCGUGUCGAGCGUCUCGACUUUGUACAGAUCGCGCAGUCUCAUAC